CAUACAGAUAAUACCAACAUUGCAAGCAAAAAUUAUGAUGUGAAAAUGUUUAAAAGAAUGUAACUUUGGUCGCUUAAGAGUGAAGACAGAAUAGUUAUUUAUUUUAUUUCCUUUUCGUGCUAGUAACCGAAAUCGUUUUAUUAGUUCUAAGUAAUGAAUAUAUUACGAGACGUUUCAAAAUUGGUUUGUAAAACCGAUCGCCGAGCUCUUGCAAGUUUAUUAAAAUAUGCAGAAACUGGACUAAAACCUCAGUAUGUUUGUAAAGGACAUAUGUCUUUGGCCAGUCAAACUGAUCAGAAUGAGGAUCUAGACAAAUUGUAUCGAAUGGUGGAAGUGGAGGUUAGAGGAAAUGAUCCUGCUGUACUAAAGAGUUAUUCUUGGUUUACAACAACAGCUGCAAUGGAAUUGGGGAUCACAGUAGGAGAAUGCUGGACACCUCGUAAAGCAAAUCAUGAGCGCCUCACACUGCUCAAGUCUGUUCAUAUCUACAAGAAGCACCGGGUACAGUAUGAAAUACGUACAUACUUUCGCUUCAUGCAGUUUCUGCGCCUGACUGGCUCAACAGCCAACACCUUCCUUGAAUAUAUCCAGCGCAACCUGCCAGAAGGUGUUGCUAUGAAGGUGACAAAAGUUGAGAUAACUGCCAUUCCAUCACACAUUAAAACCCAUAGUGAACCUCAACAAUUAGAAUUGCCAGCAACUGUGGAAGAAAGAAACCUGUGAAAUGAACACAAAAGAAACAAAUGGUUUCAGAAUGUAAUGAAAUUAUUAUGCUUGUUAAUUUAUAAAAACUGUAUAAUAAAUAUGUUUUGAGUUUCUUUUGA